GAGAGCCAAGAGAUUGCUAUAAAACUUGUCAACAAUUACUCUCAUAUUAAAAAUAUUUUUAUCGUCUCUGAAGAGGAAUACGAGUCGGAGAACAAGAUUCAACACUUCAAACAUCUUUUAAACUGCAAAUCAUUUGAUCCCAAGAAAACAUCCGUUGAUAGGAAUGGAUCCGAUUUAGCUGUGAUUGAGUUGACGAGUGGUACUAAUGAUGGCAAACGACGAUUAGUGUGUAAAACACAUUCAAAUCUUAUUCAUGGCAUUCAACAAAUGCAAGACAAAGAGGUUUUACACAAUAGUAGCGAAGACAUCAUCAUUUCGAUGCCUUUCGACAAACUUUUCGGAAUUGAAUUACAUUUAAGUUCUUUGAUUAGUGGCUCAAAAAUGGUGAUAAUUAGCGGCACUUUUGACACAAACAUUGUGUCAUAUUUGAAAAGUAUUCAGGAUUUAAAAGUUACGAAAUUAAUACUCUUUGCAUCGGACGUGAAAUUAAUGAUCAAAAAUGAAGUCAAUCUCUUGUAUGAUAUGUCGAGUGUUAAAGAGAUUCUUUAUGUCGGAGUGUUUGAUGACUACAAUAAUGUGAGACAAAGUGUGGAAAAUAUGUUCAAAUGUCGAUUCUUUAGGACAGUGUACGGCACCACAGAAUCGGGAGUCAUAAGCUGUUUAUACAAAACGAAAUCUUUUGAAUAUAAUGGCUAUUCUUCGGGACAAUUAAUAAGUGGCACAGAAAUCAAAGUCAUUGAUAUUAAAAGCGGUGAUACACUACCAGUCCAUCGAGUCGGACAGAUAUGUGUAAAGAGUAAACAAUUAGGAAUCGGAUAUUUUACAGACGAUAUAAAUAGCAUCCAAUUUGGUGAUAGACUGACAACUGAUGGAUAUUUUAAGACUAACGAUGCCGGCUAUUAUGAUAACCAGGGUAACAUUUACAUCGAGUCUAAAGUGUCGGACAUUCUACACAUUGAUGACCAAAUGUUCACACCUACAGAGUUGCAAAUUUUACUUUUGUCUCAUCCGGAUGUCAUCGACACCAGUGUUAUUGGAGUCCACUGUGAAUACAGUGAUAGUGAUGAGGAAAGUGAGGAUAGAGUACAAGAAAUGGGCUCAGAAACAAGAGAUCUGGACUUAAUUAACUUCAUUAAUGAUAGGGUAGAGCCUAUCAGACAAAUAGAUUCCGUUACGGCAAGAAAACUGUUAGAAAACGGUAGAUCAGUUCCCUCCAGACUCACACCGAUGGCGACAAACAAAUACUUCAGUAGUGAUCGCAAUGAAGAUGAGACCCCAGAAGAUCAAUAA